CGAACUCAACCAAAUAAAAUUUAAAACUUGCAGAAUGUUUUGGCAAAGCCAGAAGUCCAGAGAAUUGUAGAACAAUGUCAUAUUCUAUGUACAUUUUCAAAGAAAAUCAUCAAUCUUUGUAUAUUUGAGAUAACAUGUAACCAUUCAGUAACCUUGAACUCUUAAAGAACUCUAAGAAGAUGGAAUUCCUGAUUGGUGGUCUUGCAGCAUGUGGGGCUGGAUUUUUUACCAAUCCACUGGAAGUUGUCAAAACUCGCAUGCAGUUGCAGGGAGAACUGCAGGCACGAGGGCAGCAUGCUAUUCACUACAGAAAUUCUCUUCAUGCCAUCAAGACAAUUGUGAAGACUGAUGGAAUUCUUGCCAUUCAGAGCGGUCUAGUCCCUGCCUUGUGGUAUCAGCUAGUCAUGAAUGGGAUACGCUUAGGGACCUAUCAAGUCAUUGGAAAUACUGGCUUCACGAAGGACAAACACGGACAUGUUUCUUUUGUGAAAAGCAUUGCAGCAGGAGCUCUAGCUGGAUGUAUGGGUGCAACUAUUGGGAGUCCAUUUUUUAUGAUAAAAACCCACAUGCAGUCCAAAGCAGCACAGGAAAUAGCAGUGGGCCAUCAGCAUCCACACGAAAGUAUGCUUCACGGCAUGAGGUCAGUGUUCCGUGACUACGGAUUCACUGGACUGUGGAGGGGCGUGUCAGCAGCCAUUCCAAGGGUCAUGGUGGGGUCAGCAACUCAGCUGUCCUCCUUCAGCACUUCAAAGGAAUAUAUAACUAAACUUGAUAUGUUUCCCUCAGACAGUUGGUUGAACACAUUUUUGGCCACGCUCUGCAGUGGAGUAACAGUGACUCUGUUUAUGACGCCAUUUGACGUCGUGUCGACGAGAAUGUACAAUCAAGGGGUAGAUGUUCAGGGCAAGGGACUGCAUUACAACAAUGUUGUGGACUGCUUUGUCAAGAUGUUUCGUACUGAAGGACUAUGGGGCUUCUACAAAGGAUGGGGCCCUUCAUUCUUACGAUUAGGCCCACAUACAGUAUUAACAUUAAUGAUAUGGGACAGACUACGUAUAUUUUAUAAACGUUUCCAACAUAUAUAAAGUUUGAAUGUGAUAUAGGAUUAUAGGUAGUGAUCUGGGGUUUUUUCAAAUUUGAGUUUUACUUUAAAACUAGCUCUUUACCUCUAUUUUGCCGUCGAAGUAUUGUGCCUUGAAAUUAUUGGUUUUAUGUAAAAAAAUAUGUACAUGUAUAUAUAAUAUAUAUUUUAGAAACGUUGUAGUUGAUAUUAUCCAGAAUUAUUAUUUAUUGUAGUUAAGGUGCUUAUAUAUGAAGAAAUGUUGUUAGAAUCAAUUACAUGUUGUUUUUAUUUAUUUUGGUGUUACUUUAGUGUACAAUUAUUUACACCUUUGAUUGAACUGUGAAUCAUGAAUUCAGGGAUUCUUGAAAAUAACGUUUUAGAUUCUUAGAUAUACACUGAAUUACAGGAAUUAGAUCAUAGCUUAGCCUAGUAGUUGACCAGUCUAAGUGAACAAACUCUAAAUGUUGACUGACAUUAUAUGUCUAUUUUCGUCCAUGUGCUUCUUUUUUCUUUAAAUUUCUCAGAUAUUCAUUAAGAAUUGUUGAAAAGUUUUCCUUUACACCAAACAGCACAGCUUUGUGUGAUGUCUUAUAAUUGUAUUUAAUUU